GAUUUUUGUUUUUCGUCUUGCCCACAUAUCAAGUUUUUCAUAAGAUAUAGAAAUGGGCAAACCAAAGAUUAUUGAGGAGCAUCAUAUCGAUGAGGAUUCGUCUCAGUAUUCUCAAAAAGAAGGCUCCGAUGUCCCCUCGAUCAACGACAGCGCAGCGGCACAUGCAACCCGACCUGCGAAGAGGAGACGAGUAUCUAUGUCAUCGAAUGAUUCAGACGACUCAACCACAGAAAAUUAUACUCCAAUUGCGCCUUUACCAACUCUGUCCCGUAUAAAGAAGAAGAGCAAUGUAACAUCCAGUUCAAAUAUACCUCAGAUUGAAGAGCCGGUCUCAAGUCGAGAUGCGCGAGACAUUGGCCUGCAGGUAACUGAUUCGACCUUUGCAAAUCUCAAUGUCGCUCCAUGGCUAGUCAAAUCUCUGUCUACGAUGGCAAUUCGACGACCCACAGCUAUUCAGAAAUCUUGCAUUCCCGAGAUCUUGCAGGGAAAGGAUUGCAUUGGUGGUAGUCGAACUGGUUCCGGAAAGACGAUUGCAUUUGCAGUCCCAAUUCUACAGAAAUGGGCUGAAGAUCCAUUUGGCAUUUUCGCCGUUGUAUUGACGCCUACUCGUGAACUCGCACUCCAAAUUUUUGAACAAUUCAAGGCAAUUUCGGCCCCGCAGAGUUUGAAACCAGUUCUCAUCACAGGCGGCACUGACAUGCGGCCUCAGGCAAUCGCACUCUCCCAACGACCUCACGUUAUCAUUGCUACUCCCGGACGUCUAGCAGAUCAUAUUCGUACAUCAGGAGAAGACACCAUAGUGGGGUUGAAUCGUGUUCGAAUGAUAGUUAUGGACGAAGCUGAUAGACUACUGACAAGCGGCCAUGGAAGCAUGCUUCCAGACGUCGAGACCUGUUUAUCUGCACUACCGCCCUCAAGCGAACGGCAGACUCUCCUGUUUACUGCUACAGUCACACCCGAAGUCCGCGCUCUGAAGUCAGUGCCACGCCCGGCCAAUCGUCCUCCCAUUCAUGUAACCGAAAUUGGCACAGAAAAUAUUGCUCCCAUUCCGCCAACCCUCAAACAAACAUACCUCCAGGUACCCAUGACACAUCGCGAAGCUUUCCUUCAUGUCCUACUCUCAACAGAAGGAAAUUCCUCCAAACCAGCCAUUAUCUUCUGCAACCGUACAAAAACUGCAGACCUUCUCGAGCGGAUGUUACGCCGGCUCUCUCACCGUGUGACAUCCCUUCAUAGCCUUCUACCGCAAUCAGAACGAACGGCCAACCUUUCCAGAUUCCGGGCUAGUGCAGCACGUCUACUGGUAGCUACGGACGUGGCUUCUCGUGGUCUCGAUAUCCCCAAUGUCAGUCUUGUCAUCAAUUUCGACGUUCCCCGCAAUCCUGACGACUAUGUCCAUCGUGUGGGUCGUACGGCUCGUGCUGGGCGAACCGGUGAAUCGGUGACUUUAGUCGGUCAGCGAGACGUGCAGCUCGUGUUAGCAAUUGAGAAGAGAGUUGGCAGGCAGAUGGUCCAGUGGGAAGAGGAAGGUGUCAGUGUUGAAUCGCGGGUAGUCAAAGGUGGUGUAUUGAAAGAGGUCGGAGAGGCCAAGCGGGAUGCUGCUAGGGAAAUUGACGAGGGCCGCGAUAUCCUAGGACGACGUACGAAUAAGCUAAAGAAAGUUCGUUGAUGUUCUAAAUUUACCAGUAUAUAGGAAUGAUACCCACGUUAUCUAGUUGAC